AUGGCUGACAACAACAAGGGAACAAAAAUAACCCUCUACUGGCUCGAACAGUCCCGAAGCCACCGCAUCCUCUGGCUUCUGGAGGAACUGCAACUGAAAUAUGAGCUCAAGACGUUCAAGCGGCGCUCGGACAAGCUGGCGCCGGCCGAGCUGAAGCAGAUCCAUCCGCUGGGCAAGUCGCCCUUGUUGACCCUCGAGCCGCCCGGUGCUACAGAGCCCAUUGUCCUGGCCGAGUCCGGCGCCAUCGUCGAGUAUCUAUGCGAUCACUUUGGCAGCGCGAAACCAACGCUGGUGCCCGAGCGCUACAAGCCGGGCCAGGAAGGCCAGGUGGGCGGCGAGCGGGAGGAGUGGAUGCGCUAUCGCUACUUCAUGCACUACGCGGAGGGCAGCCUGAUGCCUUUCCUGGUGAUGACGCUGGUCAACGACACCAUCCGGAACUCUCCGCCAUUCUUCGUUCGGCCCAUCACGGGCCUCGUUGCCUCGCAAGUGGAGUCGCAAUUCCUGACUCGCAACGUCGAGGCCAACCUUGCUUUCCUUGAGGAACGGUUGAAGACGGCGCCCGAGGGUGGCCCGUACGUGUGCGGCAAGGAGCUAACGGCGGCGGAUAUUCUUCUGAGCUUUCCUAUCAUCGCGGCCAGCCAGCGCCUGUUCAAGAACAAGAAGGAGCAGGAGAAGUAUCCCCAAUUGGCGGCGUAUGCCAAGCGAUUGGAAAAUGAGGAGGGCUACAAGCGGGCCGUGGCCAAGGUUGAGGAGGUGGACGGCAAGUUCUCGGCCUCGAUGUAG